AUGGCCCCAAAGCCAAGAAAGGUUUUGCAAUUGCUCAGAUUGACCCAAAUCAACGCCGGUGUCUUUGUCAAGGUCACCAAGGCCACCUCCGAGUUGCUCAAGUUGGCUGAGCCUUACAUUGCUUACGGUUACCCUAACUUGGCUACCGUCAGAAAGUUGAUCUACAAGAGAGGUUUCGGUAAGGUCAACAACCAAAGAAUUGCUUUGUCUGACAACCAAAUCAUCGAGGCUGCUUUGGGCAAGUACGGUAUUGUCUCCAUGGAGGACUUGAUCCACGAGAUCUACACUGUCGGUCCAAACUUCAAGCAAGUCAACAACUUCUUGUGGCCAUUCCACUUGUCCAACCCUAACGGUGGUUUCAGAGCUAGAAAGUUCUUCCACUUCAUCCAAGGUGGUGACACUGGUAACAGAGAACAGUUCAUCAACAACUUGGUGAAGCAAAUGAACUAA